GGUAGAAUCCAGAAGAAAUGUCAGGAGUUCUUCAUGCAAGUGGGAGCACUUUGGGACGGUGCAUGUGCAUCAUCACAGGAGCCUCGAAGGGAUUCGGACGGGCACUUGCACACCUUGUGUUACACUAUCUCAAGCCGGGCUCCGUGCUGUUGCUGGUGGCUCGCUCCAGGCCUUUGCUCCAGCAACUGAAGGAGGACCUGCUGCAAAGUCUCAAGGACAUGGAGGAAAUGACUAUUUUCUGUACGGUAGCAGAUCUGAGUACCAAAGAGGGCAUCGAGGACACCGUGGCCAUGGCAAGACAGCAGAGUCUCAAAGAAAUAGACCAUGUGCUUCUUAUCAAUAACGCUGCCUCAUUGGGCGACAUCUCCCCUUUUGAGAACUUCAUCGAGCUCGAGCGGGUCAAUUCCUACCUGGCCUUCAAUGUUAGCUCAGUGUUGGCGCUGACUGCGGGAGUGUUGCAGGCCUUCCCGCCGCGAGCUGGAUUGCAAUGGAGCGUGGUCAACUGCUCCUCAAUGUUUGCAGUGCAGGCGUGGCCCUCGUGGGUUCUCUACUGCACUGCCAAAGCGGCCAGGGACAUGAUGUUCAGGGUGCUGGCAGUCGAGAAUCCGAAUGUCAAAGUGCUCAGCUACGCGCCGGGGCCAAUGGACACAGAGAUGCAGGAGGAUAUUCGGAGGCUAACGGGCAUCCAGUGUCAUCUGCACCCGUGCCGUGAUUCUGCAGCCAAGCUAAUGAGGCUUCUUUUAGACAAUGCCUUUGUCACAGGCUGUCACGUUGACUUCUUUGAUUUGUGAUCUCGACAGCAUGCAUAUUCUAACAUUGGGUAAGAGUAAGUAAGCAGGUGUCGUUUUCCAGCUCAAUUUAAUAUGUAUAGUACCUGGACUACUGGUAUGUUUUGGUUGACUUCUGCAUUGCUAAGCACAAAGUAUGGUGGCUCUCAAGGAUCAGAAAGGCCCAAUACUGGACUGUACAUAGAGAAUUAGUACAUCUGGUUUGAUUUAACACAAGCAAUCCUCGCUUCGCAUGCUGGCUAAUGUAACAAUUAUCAACAGUUUUCCAGACCGGCCAUUCCAUUAAGACAAAGAAGACUCCUUUAUAGAAUCUUUUUCCAACAGGACGGGGGAUGACCAACCCCCACUUUAGAGACUCACAUUCCAGAGGACCAAAAACGUUGUACUCUUGACCGCUGAAUGCAAGACUCACAUGAAGGUGAAUUUCCCGCAGCUCAUCAACAUGUGCAGACUUUACCCGAUUGUGUACAAUGUGUUGCUUCA